AUGGGCCCAGCACCUCAUGGAUUGCCAGUCCAGUGGCCUGAAGAGCUAGUCCAUCAAUCUGUGAGAACCAGUGUAUCUUCGCAGGAUGAGGUUACACCACAAAUAGCAGAGACCGUGCUAAAUUCCAAGAACGUUAUGAUAUCUAUUGGGAACGCAAGUGUUCUUCGUCGGUACUACGAAAAGGUUUUUGAAAAUCUGCAACAGACGAAUUGCAGAAUUCUUGCGAAAGUGUAUGUCAGGCUUGUCGAGCCGCGGAAACAGGUCAAAUUUCCCUACAAUGGGCGAAAGAAUCUGGGAGGGAUAACAUACCAAUGCAGCCCUGAUGAGACUAGGCCGCCAUGGUGGCCGCUUGAAGUGAGACAUCGAGAGCCAGAUCAUCUGUACAAAGUCGAACGAAUCGAGCUUCUCGUUCAUAUUCUUUGUGAUUUACGUGCCAGCCACGGAGUCACUGCGCGCAGAUUGAGAGCAGCAGAUGAGACCAUCCGACGACAGAUAUGUCCAACCGAUCGAAUAAAUCUACUUGAUGAACUAUACUACGUGCGAGAGAAGGAAGAGAAACUUCUCGAUGGUAAUUUCAAUGUGAAUGCAAGAGUUUCGAUUUCGGGGGACAACGUGCCAAACGACUUGGAACUUACGAUCUUCCAAAAUUCCACUUGCGCAAGACGUUCCCCACACAGCCAGAAAUCUGAAGAACAGCGGAUACCUCAAGACCCUCUCCUGCUCAGCGGGCCAAUCCGAGAGGUUACACACAUUGCGCUACUCAAUUCUGGGGCGCCUGAUAGCGAAACAACACGGUAUCCUCACCAGACGUCCUUCGCCAGUCCUCGGUCUGUUCCAACUUCCACGUCUGUCUUCCCUUCAGGUUUCGAGUACGGCAAUGAGUCUCAGACCAGCUACCUCUCUACUCCUGGCUCUGUGUGUAUGGAGCAUUAUUUUCUUAGUGGCCUGGACUAUCAGUCCUAUCUGACAGACCCUUCGCAAGUAAUACUACCCCAUCGACUGGAACAUCCCCCAACAAAAGCCCAGUCUAUAAUUGAAACAAAUGAAGAGUCCGUGGACGUUGAUGGAUUCAAUCAGGCCUUGGAGGGAUCUGCGUGGCACUGA